AUGAGUGGCGCUCAGUUUGACUCGUCUACAACUACACCUCGCCUCAGCAUGGAUCAUCGUGAUCCCACCAUCGAUGAUGCCCUGGAGAAAGAGGUCCCUGCGGCACCACAAGACACCGACGUCGAGAGUGCCCAUGGCCAACAAGGACCUGAGAAGCCGGUCGACAAGGAUCCCAAUCUAGUCGAAUGGGACGGUCCAGAUGAUCCGGAAAACCCUCAAAACUUCUCCAGGGGACGGAAAUGGCUGAUCACUGUGACUAUGUCAUUAAUGACCGUGUGGAUCACAUUUGCCAGCAGUGUCUUCUCAACUGCAACAGUCGUCACAGCCAAAGAAUUCAAUGUAUCCACCGAGGUCAUGGUUCUUGGAACCAGUCUGACCGUCUUCGGUUUCGCUCUAGGUCCUCUCUGCUGGGCCCCGAUGAGUGAACUAUACGGCCGCCGCAUCCCACUAUUCUCUGGCUAUGCUAUUUUCGCUAUAUUCCAAAUCCCCGUCGCCGUGGCCACCAACCUACAGCAGAUCAUGAUCUUCCGCUUCCUCAUUGGUGUUUUCGGCUGCUCUCCACUGGCAGUUGUCGGUGGUGCCAUGGCUGACCUCUGGGACCCUGUAGAUCGGGCUGUCGCCAUCGCCAUGUUCAGUGGCGCUACCUUCCUCGGCCCAACCCUCGGUCCUAUUGUCGGUGGUUUCAUCACAGACUCCUACCUGGGUUGGCGCUGGACUGCCUGGAUCACACUCAUCGCAUCCGCAGCCUUUGGCGUGGUCGGUCUUUUCGUCGUCCCAGAGACUUACGCUCCCAAACUCCUCCAGGAACGAGCUGCCCGUCUUCGACAGGAAACCAAGAAUUGGGCACUGCACUCCUUCCUCGAUGAGCACAGGCCUACUUGGAAAGACAUCGUGAAUAAGUACCUUCUUCGUCCAUUCCAGAUGCUUAUCCUGGAACCUAUCCUCCUCUUCAUAACCCUCUACCUCGCUCUCAUCUACGGAAUCCUCUACCUCUUCUUUGAGGCCUACCCCAUCUCCUUCGGCCAAGUUCGUGGCUGGACCCAUGAAGGCGUAGCUGCGCUGCCUUUUAUCGGCAUCAUGAUCGGUGUCAUUGGUGGCAUUUCUUUGAUCAUCUACACUACCAAAACUCGCUUCGCUCGCAAACUAGCCAAGCACGGCCGCGUCGUUCCUGAAGAGCGCCUGGUUCCAAUGAUGAUUGCCUCAGUCCUCCUACCAAUCGGUCUAUUCUGGUUCGGCUGGACCUCUAAGAAAGAGAUCUCGUGGGUACCACAGGUCAUCGCCGGUGUCCCAAUUGGAAUGGGAAUCCUGGUUAUUUUCAUGCAGGGCCUAAACUAUAUUAUCGAUGUCUAUAUGAUGUUCGCCAACUCGGCUAUUGCAGCCAAUACCCUCGUGCGGUCUAUACUCGGUGGUGCUUUCCCGCUUUUCGCGACUCAGAUGUAUGAUAACCUGGGUGUGGACUGGGCGUCUAGUGUCCUGGGUUUCAUUACUAUUGCUAUGAUUCCGAUUCCGAUUUUGUUCUUCUUCUAUGGAGCCAAGAUUCGGGCUAUGAGUCGGUUCAGUCCGAAGUUCUGA